CAAAGUCGACUUACGUUGAUCACAACAUCUCCAUUCCAUAACCGCCAAGAUGCAACUGUCCAACCUCUUCAAGCUCGCCUUCUUCGCUGCCGCCGCCACGGCUGAUACGGUCUCCUACGACACCGGCUACGACGACGGCUCUCGUUCCCUGACAGCCGUCUCCUGCUCCGACGGCCCCAACGGCCUCAUCACCCGCUACCACUGGCAGACGCAGGGCCAGAUCCCCAAGUUCCCCUACAUCGGAGGCGCCGCCGCCGUCGGGGGCUGGAACUCGGCCGCCUGCGGCACCUGCUGGAAGCUCUCGUACAGCGGCCACACCAUCUACGUCCUGGCCAUUGACCACGCCGCCGCCGGCUUCAACAUUGCGCUCGACGCCAUGAACGCCCUGACGGGUGGCCAGGCUGUGCAGCUGGGACGCGUGGAUGCUACGGCGACCCAGGUUGCGGUCAGCAACUGCGGUCUCUAAGUCUGUGCGGCUUCUACGCUUUCUUUUCUUUUCUGUUGUUAAGAAGCCAUACUCUUUAGUUGGCUGUUGCAUUGCAUUGUCGGCGGGAUUUGCAUUGGGCUUGGGCUUUGCUUUCACUUUCCUUUUUAUAGUGUUUUGAAGAUGGGAGGAGAAUUACACGAUGGUGAUGGAGAUGGAGAUGCAUGGAAUGUUUAACGAGCAUGAGGUAUGAAGAACAGACGACCUAUACGGCAGAUAUUAUGAAAUACACAGCACCCUCACCGGGUAUCAUUAG